AUGCUCAUUCUCCUUCUCGCUCUCGUCAACCUCGCCUUCGCCCUCGCCUCCAACCUUUUGUGCCGCCCUCUCGAGAAGCUCUGGGAUCAGACUGUAGAUGGCCAGUGCGUCGACGGGGAGACCGAGUUGGCGACGGCUUACUUCCAAGGAGGCUUCGCCGUAUUUGCGUUUCUCUUCCUCUGCAUCUUUCCCGUCAUGGUCGCCCGAGACCUCGUUCUCGUCAAGAGCAUUCGUGCUGCCAUCUUCUCCAUCAUCAGGACCUACCAAGUCUCUGUGAUUGGCGCCCGCGGCUCUUUCAGCGGCAACGUGCUCCUUGCCACCAUCUUUGAUGUUCUCACGCAGAACCUUGCCAUAACCGCCGCCAACGUCAUCCCCCUCGGCACGAUGCUUAGCUCGCCCAACGUCCGCGACCUCUCCAACCUCGUCUCCGUGUCUUCCAACCGGCUCGACGACCUCUCGCAGCGCUCCUCGGAGCUGCAAACCCCUCCCCACUCCGCCAAGUCCACCAUCUUCAUCAUCGAGGGCCCCCGCGACGACGAGUACUAUUACAGCAAUGGCGAUAUCCCUCCCCACCCCCGGCUGCGGCCCACGGUCAUGAUCUAG